CCUCAACUCCAUCUGAACUUUAGCUGCUGCCUGCGCGCAACUCUCUUCUGCCCUGGACGGAGCUAACGGGCCGCUGAGCUGCCCCAGAGACGGUCGGAAACUAUCGGAACAAUGGGCUGGAAAGAGCGAGGCUGGCUGCUGUGUGCCGCUGUUGUCGGGUUUGUGGCGAAUAUUCAGUGCGUAAAACGGUCAGACUUUUUCCCUUUUGGCCAAAGCGCAGGAGACGAGGUCCUGGAGCCAGGGACGGACAAGACGCACCAACUUCAGCUGGACAAGCCCGUCCUAUUUUAUGAUAGCUCCUACAACAGCAUCUUUAUCAACACCAAUGGCUUUGUUGCCACAGCAAAGCCGACCAGUGAGUCGAAUUAUCUCGGCCGCAUGCCUGCCAGCUUUGGCAUGAUCGCAGCUCUACAAGGAGACCUGGACACCAGCGAUGGGGUGGGCAAAGUCUUCUUCAGACAAGAUGAGAGUCCUGCACUUCUGAGGCAGGCAGCAGAGCACAUAAACAGGGCUUUUCCAGACGAAGAUGAAGUUAACCCCACUCACGCCGUGGUAGUCACAUGGGUGGACGUGGCAAUGCAAGAGCAGGACAGCAGAGAUGGCAUAAAGAAGAGAAACACUUUCCAGCUGAUUCUUGCCUCCCUGGAGACUGGUUCUUAUGCCAUUGUCCUGUACGCGAGAGACGGGAUACAGUUUACCUCCACACCAGCCAAGGGCCAGAGUGUGGUGAUGCAUGCAGGCUUCAGCAAAGGCCUUGUAUGGGGUUUCAUGUUCUCAAGCCAGGGACCGUACUACCGCAUCACCACUGACGAUGAGGAGUCUGUCAGACGUCUGGCUGAAGAGACCAACUCUGGCAUGCGCGGUGUCCAUGUUUUUGAGAUUGGCACUUUCCCUUAUUUCACAAACGUGCUUCCGGGAGAGGUGUCCAAUCUGCCCACUGAGGACCCAGAGGAGGCUGGGGUGGGUGGACAGCACCUGGAGUACCCCCCAUAUGAGCCAGAGAGGGGGCAAAUCCCAAUCAACCCUGUCCAAUACCAACCAGAGAACCCAGAGGUGGUAGUUGUGGAUGACACAGAAAUCAACGUAAACGUGUUUUCAUACAACCUUGGAGCAUGUGCGAACAACAGAGAUAAAUGCUCACAGUUUGCUGACUGUAGAGACUAUCCUGGAGGAUACUGCUGCCAUUGUCGACCUGGUUUCUACGGCAAUGGUGUUCAGUGUGUGGCAGAAGGGAAGCCUCAGAGAAUGAAUGGUAAAAUGAAUGGGAAUGUGUAUGUGGGUAGCUCUCCGACUCCAGUUCAGUUCAACAAUAACGACCUGCACUCGUAUGUUGUGGUAAAUGACGGCCGCGCCUAUGUCGCCAUCAGCGACAUUCCCAAAUCCAUUGGCCCCUCGCUCAUGCCCCUCUCCGCCCUUGGAGGGGUCAUCGGCUGGGCCUUUGCUCUGGAGCAGCCUGGCUUCAAGAAUGGCUUUGGGAUCAUUGGCGGUAUGUUCACGCGGCAGGCUGAGGUGACCUUUAUGCCCGGUAACGAGAAGCUGACGAUCCGACAGGAGUUCAAAGGCAUCGACGAGCACGACCACCUGGAGGUCAGCACCGUUCUGGAUGGACGCAUCCCACAGGUUCCACCUGAAGCCACGGUGCAAGUCGAGCCGUACUCUGAGAUCUACCAGUACAGCGACAACUUGAUUACAUCUUCCUCGACCCGUGACUACAAAGUGACCCUCCCCGACGGCAGAGUGGAGACCAGGACGUACCAGUGGCGUCAGACCAUUACCUUCCAGAGCUGCCAACAUGGAGACCCCAUGAAGGAUGUCAAGCCCUCCCAGAUGCUGAGGGUGGAGCAGAUCUUUGUUAUGUACGACGCAAACAAUGAACUGACGAGAUUUGCCAUGAGCAACAAGAUCGGAGAUGUCAACGAUGGCCAGCCAGAGGAGAACCCAUGCUUCACCGGGAGACACGGCUGUGACAACAACGCCGUGUGUCGACCUGGAACAGGAAAUGCAUUCACCUGUGAAUGUGCGGCAGGAUUCAAAGGCGAUGGACGACUCUGCUAUGACAUUGAUGAGUGUGUAGAGACUCCCCUCAUCUGUGGGGCCCAUGCCAUCUGCAACAACCAGCCUGGGACUUUCCGUUGUGAGUGUGUUGAAGGAUACCAGUUUGCCAGUGAUGGGCGAACAUGUGUGGAGGCAGAUCGUCCUGUAAACCCCUGUGAGGAUGGCAGUCACACCUGUGAUAUUUCUGAGCGCGCUCAGUGCACCUACACUGGAGGCUCCGCCUUUGUCUGCUCCUGUCUAGAGGGAUUUUUAGGAGAUGGGUCUAUUUGUCAAGAUGUGGAUGAGUGUCAGCUCCGCAGUUGCCACCACGACGCAGGCUGUUACAACACGCAGGGCUCCUUCUCCUGUGAGUGCAAACCUGGUUACCGCGGAGAUGGCUUUCAGUGCACCCCAGAGAGGCAGAGGACUCCAUGCGAGCUGCACAGGGACAGCAUUUACCAAGGUCCCCGGGGUCCUCGGCCUCCUGUGGGUCAGUACAUCCCGACCUGCGAUCAGAACGGAGCCUACUCACCCAUGCAGUGCCACCACAGCAUCGGGGAGUGCUGGUGUGUGGACCAGAGCGGGCGUGAGAUACCAGGAACACGCACAGAGCCAGGACAGAGACCCACAUGUAAUGACCAUGGCACACCUGUUGGCCCCACCCCCCGCCCUGAUGUGCACCCGCUGCCUCCCGGGACACACCUGUUAUACGCCCAGAGCGGCCGAAUCGAGCAUGUCCCACUAGAAGGAUACAACAUGAAGAAAGAACAAGCCAAGACUCUGCUCCAUCUGCCUGAAAAGGUGGUCAUUGGAGUGGCCUACGACUGUGUGGACAAAAUGGUUUACUGGACAGAAAUCACAUCUCCAUCUAUCAGUAAAGCCAGACUGCAGGGAGGAGAGCCAACGCAAGUCAUUAGAUCAGACAUUGACAGUCCAGAGGGCAUCACCAUCGACCACUUGGGGCGCACCAUGUUCUGGACAGACUCUGUGAAGGACCGCAUUGAGGUGGCGUCUCUGGACGGAACUCAGAGAAAGGUCAUCAUAGACACUGACCUGGUCAACCCCCGAGCUAUCAUCGCUGACCCUCCUAAUGGUUAUCUGUAUUGGGCCGAUUGGAACCGUGAUGCCCCUAAAAUCGAGUCCUCGUACAUGGACGGCUCUAACAGGAGGGUGCUGGUGAAGGACGACCUGGGUCUACCCAAUGGUCUCACAUAUGACCCUCAGAGCGCUCAGCUGUGUUGGGCCGACGCAGGCACACAUAAACUGGAGUGCAUGAAUCCUGGACGAGGCGACCGCAGACAGGUCCUGGAGGGCAUUCAGUAUCCAUUUGGGAUGACAACUUUCGGGAAAAACCUCUAUUAUACUGACUGGAGGAGGGAUGCAGUGGUUUCAGUAGACCGCUAUGCUGGCAAAGAAUCAGACGAGUUCCAGCCUCAGAAAAGGACCAAGCUGUAUGGGUUAGCCGCAGCCUACUCACAGUGUCUACAAGGACAAAACUACUGUGGCAUAAACAAUGGAGGCUGCACUCAUCUGUGUUUAGCGACACCUAAUGGCCGCUCCUGUAAAUGUCCCGACAACGCAGUGGGGGUGGGCUGCAUUGAGAGAGAUGGCUAUUAAAUAAAUGAGAAUUACACUGUUUGGACGUGUUACCACAAAUUAGGAGCCUCUCAGCAUUAACUAUAGCUGCUGAAAAUACCACUGAAAACAUGAAUUGGAAAUGAUCGUGCCUUGUAUUUUUAUGGUGCCUUUUUUAAAACUUUGCCUUCACAUUUUUAGUAUUGUAAAUAAAAACACUAUUAUGUUUACUGUCUCCUGGUGCACAUGAACUGAGAAUAAAGCUCAAGGGAUAAGUAAUUUAAUGUGAAAUUAUUACAGCUAUGUAUAUGACAUCAUCUCUUGGCAUCUGUGUUACACUGUGGGUGGCAUGUUGGAAAUAAAGGAAAGUUUAUACUGUGGAAUGUGUCUAUAAGGCCUGUUGGAUGGGUUACAUGCUGGACAGCAACUGAAUAAACAUUUUUCUAACAAA